CGUACAUGUACCGGACGAAGACUUCGCUGAAUUCGCACCUAAAGUAACAGAAACAACGCGGAAGCUUUACAUCGGUUUAGGAGUGUUGUAUCCUUUCUCCUGUUCCAGGGCCUCAACCGAGCCUCCUUUUAUGGAGGGCUUGCACAGAGCCUGCUCCUAACUGAGCUGAACACUACUUCCUUGGGGUUUGCUAGCCCACUUUCAUUGUUGACUUUCAAGCCUUGAACCAGACCGCCAGCUUCUCCUGAUAUCACCCUCCCCGAACAUUUCUGUGAUUAAGACGACUGCAAACACCAUGUCUGAUCCUCGAUACAACCGCUAUGCACCGGGUAACCAAAGAUCCACCCAGGGGCCCUAUGGACUCCCCAGUUUGCAUGCAGAGAGGGACCUCUGCACAACUUCUCACCUUGGACUUGGGCCUGGCUUCAGCUCAUCUGGAGCAUCUCCUGCAACUCCUGCCAACUCUGGGCGAAUGAUCCCACCGCUGAUGGGUCAGGCGGUGAACUACAGGCCUGAACAGAGUCAGGCCAGAAUAGAUGACAACCUAGAGAGGUCUGUAGACAUGAAUGUUAGCAGAGCCAGGGAGGAUGUGAUGUUCCCUGACCGACCAGAUCAUCAGUCUCUAGGCCAGAGGUCUCACUUUACCAAUACUAAUGAAUAUCUUUCUUCAGAUCCGGGAACAGCUUCCUAUCCUAUGUCAUCAACCUCUGCUUCUCUAGAUCAUAGAAACUCUAAUGAUAAAAGUGGUAGUAGCUCCUUGGACUGGUUGUCAGGUUAUAAAAUGGCAGUACCUGGCCAGCCCCCUGUUUUUUAUUCAUCAUCUGCUUCAUCAGGCUAUACAAAUGUAGAGAACGAAAGAGAACGUGACAUGCAGUCCAUUCCAGGAUUAGGUGACUAUGUCUAUCCCGUACCAAGUCAACCUCCUGGUCUAUCUGAGACGCAUCGACCCAAAUAUUCCUCUGACUCUGCUGCUAACAUCCUUUUGGACUUUGGACUUGAAAAAGAGGACCUGGGAUAUCUCGUCUCAUACCCUCAAGACCAGAUGACCCCUUCCAACAUUCCAUUUAUCUUGCACCAAAUCAGCAUCGAGAAAAAAAAGAGAUCUGCUGUUAAAAAAGGAAUGGAUCAUUUGAGUAGUUCCGGUGGGGCUUCAGCUGUUCUUCAGCCCCCUAAAGUAAUUGACUAUGGACAUACUAGCAAAUAUGUUGGUGGGGUUGCAGAUGGUAUUGGAAGAACUAGUAACAGUAAGUUGUUGGACACUUAUGAUAAUAGCAGCCACAGUCAAAAACCACAGGUAAACAAUAUGAUGGAGGUAAAAAGUAGUUCCAUGGGUUCUUCCCAUCAGGGUACUUCCGUUACCAGUGCCAUUGCAUCAUACAGUUCACUACUGAGCUCAGUAGGUACUCCAAGUGAUGAUCGGGCUAGGCAAAUUAACACCCAACCAAGCCAGACUUCUCUAACACACCGUAGUUCUUUUUCCCUGCCAAAGUCAGACACAGACAUAAGACUUAUGUCAUCUAAAGUGUCACAGCCCCCAUUGAAACAACCAGAUGUAGAUCACCAGUCUUCAUCAGAAACCAAACCAUCCGGCUCACUGUUUCGUGGUGUGCAUCCUGAACGCCCCGGUCUUGUGGUUGUUGGCAGCAGUGACACCACUGGUAACAACAAUCAAGGUUCAGCCCAGAGUCGAGAGUCGAUGGUCGUUGAGCAAAUUAAGAUAUGGCAGAACCAGAGACGGAUGCAGAGGAACCAGCAGCCGCAGCAGGACCCGCCGAGGCAGCCGCAGCAGGACCCGCCGAGGCAGCCGCAGCAGAACCCGCCGAGGCAGCCGCAGCUGAACCCCCCGAGGCAGCCGCAGCUGAACUGA